CCCUGCAUUAACUUGGGGACAAUGUGGGGCUGGACACUGUGGAUGCUCCCUCUACUCUGCAAAUUUGGCCUGGCAGCAUUUCAGUGCAUUGAGGCCAUGCAGACCUGCUUCACUCAGGACCAGCUGGUGGUGGAGUGGCAAAGCUCUGCUCUGGAGGUGGAUACAUGGAUGAUUGAGUGGGUCCCAGAUUUGGACUCAGAGUCCUCGACCAUUUCCUGGGAAUCUGUAUCUCAGACCAGGAACUGGACAAUCCAGCAGGAUGAACUAAAACCUUUCCAGUGCUGUAACAUCUCUGUGUAUCCAAUGUUGCAAGACCGAGUGGGUGAGCCAUAUUCUAUCCAGGCUUAUGGCAAAGAAGGUGGUCCAUCAGCAGGUCCCAUGACAAAGGCGGAGAACAUUGGUGUGGAGACAGUCACAAUUACAUGGAAGGAUCCCAAGAGUCAGAGGAACGGUUUCAUCAACAACUGUACCAUAUUUUACCAAGCUGAAGAUGGAAAGGAAUUCUCCAAGACAGUCAACUCCAGCAUCUUGCAGUAUAGCCUGGAGUCCCUGACACGAAAGACCUCUUACACUGUUCAGGUCAUGGCCAGCACCAGUGCUGGGGGAACUAGUGGCACCAGGAUAAACUUCAAGACAUUGUCAAUUAGUGUCUUUGAGAUUUUUGUUAUAACUUCCCUGGUUGGAGGUGGCCUUCUUAUUCUAUUCAUUCUGACGGUGGCAUAUGAUCUCAAAAAACCCAACAAAUGAAAGCACCUAUGUUGGCCCAGUGUCCCCAACCCUGCUGAAAGCAGUAUAGCCAUGUGGCGUGGAGAUGAUUUAAAGGAUAAGCUAAAUCUGAAGGAGUUUGAUGACUCUGUGAACACAGAAGAAGAUGGGAUUCUAAAACCAUGUUCUGCCCCCAGUGACCUUAUUGACAGGUUGGUGGUAAAUUUUGAGAAUUUUCUGGAAGUGGUUUCCACAGAGGAACCUGAAAAGGGUCAGGAAAAUAUCUUGGGAGGGGAAAAGAAUGAGUACAUGACCUCCCCAUAUGGGACUUAUUGUCCCGCAGUUUCAGUCAAGAUUCCACCGAGAGAAUCGCAACACCUAUGUUCUAGAACGCCAGAGGGGAUCUGCUCAGAAGCCAAAGAGCAUCCUCUCCCUCCUACCCAAGGUUUAGGGCCAGACCAUCUCUGUGGGGAAGGAGCACCAAACCCAUACUUGAAAAAUUCAGUGACAACCAGAGAAUUUCUCAUGUCUGAAAAACUUCUAGACCAAACCCAAAGAGAAGUCUAA